AUGAUGGCGAGAAAGGUUCGUCACCAAACAAAGGAUCAUCAGGCUUCGUUUGUGAGCGGGACGACCGGCACCAUUGUAGUGGGGGAAGGUGUCGGUGAGGAGUUGCCAUCUAUGGGGGAGGUGCCUGAUGCCGUAGUUGUCGACAUUAAACUUAUUGAGGACAACACCAAGCAUUUCAAAGUCGUUUACCGCCACCAAUUUUCCAAGGCUCUGAAGCCUGAGCUCAACAGAGGCCCCCUGUUCAAAGCACUCGCCAUUCCUUCAAUUAAGGUGCUAACAUCUCGACCGACAGAGGCUUACGAACUGGCUGCCAUGGAGAUCGACCAGUCCUCGGUCAGUGGAAACUUGGCGGUUUUGGAGUAA